UCAUUCGAUAAUACAGAACCGCUUCGACACUUCAAAACAGACAUGAGUUUGAUCGGAGACCUUGUUUUCAUCUUAGUCCUUUUGUCAGCUACAGUAUCGGCUCAAGAUGAUUGCUGCUCCAUCUCAAGACAAAGAGCGUUAGAGAGUUUCAGACAAGAUGUAAGCACCAGAGUCAACUCGGCCGUGCCGGUGUUGUUUGAAACGUCCCAGCCGUACAGGGGCCGAAGGUACUACCUGUCCAAGCCGCUGGGUAACGCCGACAUCAACAGGUCCCAGGCCAUGUGUCUGCUGAUUGGGGGCUACCUGGCCGAGAUCGACGACGCCGCUGAGUAUCUGUUCGUCAAGAGUUUCAUCCGAGGCUACAGCGGCUUCUUCGCGGUCUACACGGGGGGCAACGACGAGGCCCAGGAGGGCGCCUGGGUGUACCGCUACAGCGGCAAGCCCGUCACCUACCUGGACUGGACACCUGGACAACCCACCAAUGAUAUUGACGGGGAUUGUUUGACCUACCUGGACAGAACCGACUGGAAGAUGGACGACUUCCGGUGCAACUACAGUAACGGAGAUACGAGAUUCAUCUGUGAGGUUCCAGACAGCCCAGUUUAAAACAAGUCAUACCUGUAGCUAGGUGCCUUAAAGCACCUGCAACUACAUCAUACCUGUAGCUAAGUGCCUUAAAACACCUGCAACUACAUCAUACGUGUAGUUAAGUGCCUUGAAGUACCUACAUUAAAGAUCCUACCCUAUUGGUUAUUAAUACGCAAUUAUUGUAUACGCAAUGAAGAAUUAUCAAAUUACCAUUUAGCAAAAUAUGUUUUAGCUAAAAUAGCGAAGUAUUUUUUCAACGCUUGUCAUGUUUUCACCAAACAUAUGGGAAUUGUUAGUUAUUAUUGCUUGAUUAUAUAAAAUAAAUAACGUGCUUUAGAAAUCUAA